GGAUAUAAAUAUUCAUCGUAAGACUCGGGCCCCUUCUACCUGCGACCGUGGGCGCUUCCGCAAAAGGCCUUCGCCCUGGAGGCCAUUGCCCUUCCGGCGAUCUGGAGGACUUUUUUGGCCUUGCACUCCGGGAUCGAGCUCUGAAGGGGGUCGUCGGGGUGGAUCUCUGUGACAUUCUUCGUCAUGGCGGGCGCUGCCGCGGCAGGGUUCAUCAUUCGCUCUUUGGAGGCCAUGCUCAAGGAGUGCGCGGGGAAGAAGUACCCAGCCCUGCAGAGUUCCGUGCAGACUUGUCUAGACAACAUGAAAGAGACCAAGCAAGAGUUGACUUCUGAUGAGCAUAACAAUGCUGCAACUUUGGCAGGGAAUGAGAGCAUCAGAUCUGAUGGUGAUUUAUCAGCGAAAGAAGGAGAGGCUCCAGCUUCAGAUGUUGAAAAGGAUGUUGUUACCGUCAGGAAAUCCCAAGAGACCAGUGAACCUAUUAUGGCAGCUUUAGCAAGUGCUGGCCACACCUUAGAUGCAGCCCAAGCUGAACUUGUUUUGAAGCCUCUGAGACUUGCAUUUGAGACAAAGAAUAUAAAACUUUUGGAGCCUGCCCUUGACUGUCUUCAUAAACUUAUAGCUUAUGAUCAUUUAGAGGGUGAUCCUGGACUGGAAGGUGGUAAAAAUGCUUCACUAUUUACUGAUAUUCUCAAUAUGGUCUGUGGCUGUGUUGAUAACUCUUCAUCUGACAGUACUAUAUUACAAGUUUUAAAGGUGCUUCUCACAGCAGUAUCAUCAACAAGGUUCAGAGUGCAUGGAGAACCUUUGCUGGGAGUGAUUAGAGUAUGCUAUAACAUUGCUCUGAAUAGCAAGAGUCCAAUAAAUCAGGCAACAUCAAAAGCAAUGUUGACCCAAAUGAUCAGUAUUGUGUUUAGGCGAAUGGAAGUAGAUCAGGUUUCUGUACCAUCCAAUAGUUAUGUGCAUGGUGAAAUUCCAUCAGCUAGCUCCACAAAUUCUGAUUACGAGGAAGUGCCUAGAGAUGACCAAGAUGAGAAGAAAAUUACUCUAGGAGAUGCAUUAACCAUGAAUCGUGCAAAUGAGACAUCUCCAUCUUUUGAGCAACUCCAGAAUUUGGCUGGUGGUGCAGACAUCAAGGGUCUAGAGGCUGUUCUUGACCAGGCUGUUCAACUUGAGGAUGGCAAGAAAAUCUCAGGAGGGAUUGAUCUUGAGAGCACUGUCAUGCAACAUGAUGCAUUAUUGCUGUUUCGAACACUUUGCAAGAUGGGGAUGAAAGAAGAGGGAGAUGAGGUUACUACAAAGACAAGACUUUUGUCUCUUGAGCUUUUGCAGGGUUUACUGGAAGGAGUGAGCGAAUCCUUUACGAAAAAUUUCCAUUUUAUUGACUCUGUCAAGGCUUAUCUUUCUUAUGCUUUAUUACGGGCUUCUAUUUCUCCUUCUCCAGUUGUCUUUCAGUAUGCAACUGGAAUAUUUGCAGUUCUGUUGCUUCGUUUUAGGGAAAGUCUUAAGGGAGAAAUUGGUGUUUUUUUUCCCUUGAUAAUCUUAAAAUCCUUGGAAGGCAAUGAGAGUGCCCUCAGCCAAAGAACAAGUGUUCUUCGGAUGCUUGAGAAAGUGUGUAAGGAUUCACAAAUGCUCGCAGACAUAUUUGUUAACUAUGAUUGUGAUCUUCAGGCACCAAACCUUUUUGAACGUAUGGUAAAUGCUUUGUCAAGGAUAGCACAAGGGACUCAAACUACAGAUCCCAACUCAGCUUCUUCGAUGCAGGUUGCAUCUGCUAAAGGCUCAUCGCUUCAGUGCUUAGUGAGUGUGCUGAAAUCAUUGGUUGAUUGGGAGAAGCUAAGGAAAGAAACUGAUAAACAUGGUAACAUUGUUCGGUCCCUUGAAGAGGAAGUUUUGGCUAGAGAACCUGGGACAGUUAAUGAGCUCCAUGAUGAUGGACUAAACCAAUUUGAGAAGGCAAAAUCUCACAAAUCCACAAUGGAAGCAGCCAUCUUAGAGUUCAAUCGUAAACCAGCAAAAGGGAUAGAAUUUCUGUUGUCUAAUAAGUUGGUCGAGAAAAAGGCUUCUGCAAUAGCCCAAUUCCUGAAGACCACUCCAAGUUUGGAUAAGGCCAUGAUUGGAGAAUAUUUGGGCCAGCAUGAGGAACUUCCCCUUGCUGUUAUGCAUGCUUAUGUUGAUUCCAUGAAGUUAUCAGGGUUAGAGUUUGAUACUGCAAUUCGUGAGUUUCUAAAAGGAUUUCGACUUCCUGGAGAAGCACAGAAAAUUGAUCGGAUCAUGGAAAAGUUUGCUGAGCGUUAUUGUGCUGAUAAUCCAGGACUUUUCAAGAAUGCAGAUACUGCUUAUGUUCUUGCCUAUGCAGUUAUAAUGUUGAAUACUGAUGCACACAAUCCAAUGGUUUGGCCAAAAAUGUCUAAAUCUGAUUUCAUACGCAUGAAUUCUAUGAGUGAUGUAGAAGAGUGUGCUCCAAAGGACCUCCUAGAGAAGAUAUACGAUUCAAUUGUUAGAGAAGAGAUAAAGAUGAAGAGCGAUAAGUCUGAUGCAUCUAUAAGCAGUAGACUGCGGCCAGAAACAGAAGAGAGAGGACGUCUUGUCAAUAUUUUAAAUUUAGCUCUUCCGAAAAAGAAGUCAGGGAUUGAUACUAAGACAGAGAGUGAAAAGAUUAAAAAGCAAAUUCAGGCACUUUUCAAAAAUAAAGGUGAAAAAAGGGGUGUUUUCUAUACAGCUCAGCAGAUUGACCUAGUAAGACCAAUGCUCGAAGCCGUGGGCUGGCCUUUGCUUGCUACAUUUUCUGUCACAUUGGAGGAAGGAGACAAUAAGCCAAGGGUUAUUCUUUGCAUGGAAGGUUUCAGAGCUGGCAUACAUCUAACACGUGUUCUUGGGAUGGAUACAAUGCGAUAUGCUUUCCUAACAUCCUUAGUACGAUUUACAUUUUUGCAUGCUCCAAAGGAGAUGCGAAGUAAAAAUGUGGAAGCAUUACGUGCCUUGCUUGUUUUAUGCGAUAUGGAGACGGAUUCACUACAAGACACCUGGAAUGCUGUCUUGGAAUGUGUCUCCAGGCUAGAAUAUAUCACUUCGACCCCAUCCAUUGCUGCAACUGUGAUGCAAGGAUCCAAUCAAAUAUCUAGGGAUGCAGUUCUUCAGUCUCUCAGAGAGCUAGCUGGAAAGCCAGCUGAGCAAGUUUUUGUAAAUAGUGUGAAAUUGCCUAGUGAUGCAAUUGUGGAGUUCUUCACAGCUCUCUGUGGUGUAUCUGCUGAAGAAUUGAAACAAACACCUGCUCGUGUCUUCAGCCUACAGAAGCUUGUUGAGAUAAGCUACUAUAAUAUGGCUCGUAUUCGUCUGGUAUGGGCUAGAAUAUGGUCUGUCUUGGCUCAGCAUUUCAUUGCUGCUGGUAGCCACCAUGAGGAAAAAGUUGCUAUGUAUGCCAUUGAUUCACUGAGACAACUUGGUAUGAAGUAUUUGGAGCGUGCUGAACUCACCAACUUCACCUUCCAGAAUGACAUUUUGAAACCUUUUGUCAUUCUUAUGCGGAAUAGCCGCAAUGAAAAAAUACGCGGCCUGAUUGUGGAUUGCAUUGUUCAGAUGAUCAAAUCGAAGGUUGGUAGCAUUAAAUCAGGUUGGCGGAGUGUGUUCAUGAUCUUCACUGCAGCUGCUGAUGAUGAGUUGGAAUCAAUUGUCGAAAGUGCAUUUGAGAAUGUUGAGCAGGUUAUCUUGGAGCACUUUGAUCAGGUUGUUGGUGACUGCUUUAUGGAUUGUGUCAAUUGCCUCAUUCGUUUUGCUAAUAACAAAAUUUCUCCACGGAUUAGCUUGAAGGCUAUUGCUCUCCUCCGUAUAUGUGAAGAUCGUCUUGCAGAGGGCUUUAUACCUGGUGGAGCCUUGAAACCGGUGGAUGGUGGGCUAGAGACAAACUUUGAUGUAACCGAGCAUUACUGGUUUCCCAUGUUGGCUGGUUUAUCUGAUUUAACAUUGGAUUCUAGAUUGGAAGUUCGGAACUGUGCACUGGAAGUGCUAUUUGAUUUGUUGAAUGAGAGAGGGCGGAAAUUCUCUUCUGCUUUUUGGGAGGGCAUUUUUCACCGAGUCCUUUUUCCUAUAUUUGACCAUGUACGAAAUGCUGGAAGAGAUGGCCUUGUCUCCUCAGGUGAUGAGUGGCUUCGAGAAACUAGCAUCCAUUCACUUCAGUUGCUCUGCAACCUUUUUAAUACUUUCUAUAAGGAAGUAUCUUUCAUGCUUCCACCACUCCUGAGUUUUCUACUUGAUUGUGCCAAGAAAACGGACCAAAGUGUGGUUUCCAUCUCUCUUGGAGCCUUAGUACAUCUUAUAGAAGUUGGGGGCCAUCAGUUCAGUGAUAGUGACUGGGAUACUUUAUUGAAAGGCAUUAGAGAUGUAUCAUACACAACUCAACCUCUCGAACUUCUCAAUUCUUUGGGAUUUGAGAACUCAAAAAAACAAACAGUUUUAUCCAAAGAUUCUAAAGAUACAGAUGCCAAAGAUGGUGGCAGUCCAUUCAGGAACAAUCACAAAAUGGAAGGGGGAAGAGCUUUGGAUCAUGAAUCCUUAUCUGCUGAUGGUAACGCUGCUGGAAAUACAAUCAGCACAAUUAACUCCAAGGAUGAUUAUGAAGAAAACAAUCUCCAAACAAACUUCGAGGAAACUGAUGGUAACUUGAAGAAGCCUGCUGAAGCUGCAAACUAUCAGCGUAGUCAAACAUUUGGCCAAAGGAUCAUGGGUAAUAUGAUGGACAACCUUUUGCUUAGAGGUCUUACCUCCAAAUCAAAGAAUCGCACAAGUGAUCUCAGUCCAGUUUCAGCUUCACCUGUAAAGAUCCCUGAUGCUGCAGAACCUGUUGUGGAUGAUAAUGAUGAAGAGAAUUCCAUGAUGGCAACCAUCAAAGGAAAAUGCAUUACACAACUUUUACUAUUAGGCGCUAUUGAUAGCAUACAGAAGAGAUACUGGAGUAAAUUAAAGGUCUCUCAUAAAAUUGCAAUAAUGGAUACCUUAUUGUCCCUGGUAGAGUUUGCUGCUUCAUAUAAUUCUUCGUCAAACCUUAUAUUGCGAAUGCAAUAUAUACCUUCUGAAAGGCUUCCUCUAAAUCUUCUUCGCCAGGAAAUAACAGGAACAUCCAUUUAUUUAGAAAUCUUACACAAGUCAACUGCAACACAGAAUGGUAGCAGUCAUGAACAAGGGAUUUCUGAUGGUCCAUUUGUCCAGACCUCAUCAGUCAAUGAUUCAUGCUAUGCUGGAUCUUUAGAUUCAGAAGAGAAGCUCAAAGGCAUAGCAGAAGAGAAGCUAGUUUCUUUCUGUGGUCAGAUUUUAGAAGAGGCUUCUGAGCUCAAACCAAUUUCAGGGGAGACUGGUAGCACGGAUCUACAUCGUGUACUUGACAUGAGGGCUCCGGUCAUUGUUAAGGUACUCAAAGGAAUGUGCUGUAUGGAUAAUUUAAUAUUCAGAAAGCAUAUAAGAGAGUUCUAUCCACUAAUUACCAAACUCGUAUGCUGUGAUCAGAUGGAAGUUCGUGGAGCUCUUGGUGAUCUCUUCAGCACACAGCUAACCCCCCUUCUACCAUAAUUGUUAUUGAUGCUGUUCAUGCUUCUUUUUUAGUUGCAAUUGAGAUUCUCCAGCUCCUUUGAAGCAGAAACUUCUACAAACGUCUAUGCCAUGAAGAGGGGCACCUGUGGGUUCUUAGCAAACCUGUUCUGCGGCUGCUAUGAAAAAGAGUGGAUAGAGAUAUAAUAGAGAUUUUUUGAGGUAUUGCUUGCUAUAGAGAGCUACCAAGAUAUGACUUGUCGGAAUGUGCGGCAGAUCUCCUCAGUUGUCUGAGUUCAGUAUUUUGGAAUGGUCUACUUCGUCCUUGCUUAGGUCCGCAAUCUCUACAAAUGAGGUUUUGACUACUAGAUAUCUUUUACUCUCUUACCCGCAAUCUAUCUUCAGUGUUGUUUUUUACUGGUCAUCUGUGUAUAUUGAAUAAUUCAGCAACAUCCACUAAUUAUUUUAUGCAUCUGACAAGUUUAUGCAUUAAUGUUU